AUGGAUCAGGGAAUAGUGAGGGUUGUCAAUGGCGGAUGGAUAGAUGGGCUUACGCGAGAUGCUGUGACGCGACCCGACACGAGCACGAUUCUCUUGGCAACUCUCUACGAACCAUGGGAUCUUUUCACAACACUCGAUAAAGGAGAAGAUAUGGCCGCGACUCAGCCCGUGACUUUGUUACGCGACGUUUGUUCUGGGCACGAUUCUUCCGAGAAGAACUGUUCAGUCAUAUGCACCAGUCCCGAUAAUUUAUUCGCCUCUUGGAAGACUCUCUGGCAAUGUCUGUCGCUCACAGCCCUAACUCUCGCAAACUCCACAUUCUCUACACUUGAUCAACAGCACGGCGGGGUAGGAAAUGGGACCUCAAGGGAGCAGAUCUCGAGCGCCUUGACGUCUUUUGGCAUUACCAAUAGGACAGAUUUUGAUGGAAGGGCGGUUCUGAAUCUGACUUAUGAGUGUGCUGCUGCAAGUUGCCGCGAUACUAGCAUGGGGGAGUGUUCCAUCGGCCAGCUUGACCCUGGGUAUCUUCAGAGUGAGGCCAUUCAGUGGAUCAAAGUGUAUGAGGCUCUUGCGCCGUUGUGCGAUGGACUAGAAAGCGAUAUAAACAUUGAUAUUGCUGGACCUGGAGUACUAAUAACAUACGUCACGCAAACAGCCAUGGUGGUCUUUGCAUGGUUAUUCUUCCUACUGCUAAAAUUCAACAAGUUCAUCAAUACUUCAUCAUCGAUUUUCACCCAUCUCUUUCGAAAAAGAAAUCCGGGUCCCAAUCUCUUGGCUCAUCGUGUAUCAGGUCUUGAACGCCUCGAGCGCACGAAUCUCGCUCACGCAACGAGCACCUUUCUCGCAGAGCUUCACGAAGCACAAUGCUUCUUCGUCGUUGCCAUCGAGAUAGCGCUCAUAAAUGCCAGUUCACGAUCAGCUAUUUUUACUGGCGCAGAGAACUGGCAGAGCCUUCUGUGGAAUCGUGAUAGUGUCCAGUUCCUUGCAGGCAUGGGGGCUUGGCCCAUUAUUCUUGGGCAGAUCUCCCUCCGAAGAGCUGAGCUCGACUCGAUGUACUACCUCCUUCUCUCUACACUUGCGUUGGUACUUGCUGGAGUUGCAGCAGAUACAGCUGCAAAUCCAGACCCAGAUCGGAUUUACAAAAUGUUUCAAGGACAGAAUACACUUGAAGAAUGCGGUGGUCAUCCUUCCCUUCGAACUUUUUGUGUAAAAGAGCGAGAGAGCAUAUACUGGUAUGUCUUUCCGGCUGGAAGUAUAUAUGCUUUCCUCGGAUCACUUGCUAUUCUAUGGUGGGCCAAGAUCUGGAGUCUAUGCAACUCUCCAGCAGCUUUUCUCAAAAAGCAUAAGUCCUUAUCGAAGCGUCAACUUGAGGCAUGGGACUGGAUUCAAAGGAUCGUGAUCAAGGCCUCUCUCCUUGGGAUACACGUUGCUGAAGCUGGUGCUCUUGCUUGCAUUUGUUUCGGACUGGCAGUAAUUCGAGCCCCCUUGCUGAAUUUAUUGCUGAGAGGAGAGACAAGGACUUGGAGUGUUGGGCAGUUGGUGGCUGUACUGAUUUGGGCGCCGGUGAUAUCUAAAUACGCCCAUCUGGCAAUUCUCGGCGUUGAGAAAGGCUUCAGGCUUCGCUUGUCUAAAGCAUUUGAGAUUGUGAAGAGAUCGGAUACGAGGUGA